CACGCACGCAUGCACGAUGGAGCUGGGCUGGGGCGAUGGCUGAUGUUGUGACCCCGGCCCCGGAGGCUGAUUUAUCUUCGCAUGCUGAGUCGGAGGAUGAUAUGGAGGAGGAGGAAGCUGUCACGAGCUAUGCGCCGGAGGGGCCGUCUUCACUGGUGAGUCAGCAAGAACUGACAGUUGAUGACGUGCCUCUGAACCCCAGCCAAAUUGAGGAGGAAACAGAGGCCGGUAACGAGGAGGGGGAGCCCUUAUUUGGAUGCAAGAGAGAGACGUAGGAGACGUCGUAGAGAACAGCCAUUGCCACGUCCCAAGAGGUGUGAUCAGGAGAUGUAGGGCCACACCCUACAAAGUAUAAAAGGUGUGUAACUAGGCUGGAAAGGCGUGGUGAACAAUUUGUUGGCGUUUUAGAUGUAGUGGAUUUACAACUGUUAGUCUGGAGUUUUUUGACAAGAGUCUGCAUUCCUGCAUUAGCCUGCUGGCCGUCUGCCAAGACCUUUGGAACAUUGCCCGGUAACUAUUGGACUGAUAAACGCUUUGGAAGAGAACUAUUUAUUAAAGGGCCAGCUUCAGUUUAUCUAGUCUGCGUUUGUUACUGCCGGGCUAUUUGAGCCUCUGCAAGGCCACUCGUGAGAGGGGACAGAACAGCUGGCAUGCCCACAGAAAGGGCUCUACGGGCCAUCUGUGGCACACAUGCAUAAGUUCACUAUCACGGGUGUCGGGUCUGCUUGGGCGGGGGGGGGUUGGACUAGAUGACCUACAAGGUCCCCUCCAACUCUGUUCAUCUGUUCCUUGCAAACGUUUUGUUUCAGUUAGAACUGAAAUCGUUUGCUGAUGUUAGAACUGAAGAAGCUUCUUGGAUGACAAGCGAAAUGUUUGCCGAGGUGGGGGAAAAAAAACCCCAACUGUGUUUUGGGAAAAGCACCUUUGAGUCGAUGGCUGCCACUUUCUUCUUGAUCUCCUAUUAUGACGUCACAAAAGAAUGCCUUGGUCUUCUGGAUGGAACCCCCGGCGUCUCUUCUCUUCCGAGGGAGCCCCCCCCCAUCCCUCCCCACUUGCAACCAAGCGGAAGGAAGGAUUUGCCGAAAGGUCUGCAUAUCAGAGAGGUUUAAAAAGUAGCAAACGGCACCAUGGAUUACCUUAUGGUGCCAACCUCGGCUUCCCCGAUAGAGAAACAGGACCAGGACGUAAUAACUCAAGGAAAGAAAGAGCCUGCAACGACUCCAGGCCCUGGCACCCCGGUGGACAUCAAGCCGGAGCCCUUCGUCCUCUUGCCAGCUGAACCAACCAGGACUAAACUCUCCCAGAAAUCGAGCAAGAUCCACAAAAGCCGGCGAGGGAGCAAAACUAUUCAACACACCCCAAAAAUUAAACAGAUGGGAAAGUCUUCCCAUCAUCAUCAUCACCACCACCAUCACCACCACUACCGGCGCAUAACGCUCAAAGAAAUCCUGACUCACUCCUGGCAAAAGAUCUACCCGUGCCUUGUUUAUCUGCGGAAGACCAUCUUCGAACUGACCCAGUCCUUCUUGUUUGACUUCUUAAUCUGUAGUGUGGUGGCCAUCAACACAACCUUGCUGGUGAUACAGACGUUCGCCGUGGUCGAGAUUCGGGGAGAAUGGCUCUUCUCGGCCCUGGAUCCGAUUUUCCUUUGUGUCUACGUGGUGGAGGCCAUUCUCAAAUUUAUUGCAUUAGACUGUAACUAUUUCCGUGACCCCUGGAAUGACAUUGAUUUCUUCAUCAUGUUCAUGGCGGUCUUGGAAUUCAUCCUCGCCCUGUACUUCACCGCUGGGCAGGGAAACCGAGGCAACACACUUACCCUCUUUCGAGUCCUCAAAAUCGUCAAGGGGAUUCGCGCCAUCCGAGCCAUCCGCUUCCUCCUCACUCUCCGGGUGACAGAGAAUCUGCAAGAAAUCACAGGCACUUUUAUACUUUCCUUCCAGUCCAUCGGAGCUAUUAUUCUUCUCAUGUUCUCUUUCUUAUUUAUGUCUUCCGUGGUGCUGUGUGACAUGUUCCACGAAGCGGAUCAGAAACAUUUUGGGGACCUUUUCAAAACCAUCUUCACCCUUUUCCAGCUUUUCACUUUGGACGACUGGUCGAUCAUUUAUCUCACGUGCCACGCUGCAGGUGCUUGGUACAUAAUUAUUUUUCUCAUCAUCUAUAUCCUUUUGGAGUAUUUUUUGCUUCUCAACCUGGUGAUUGCAGUUCUGGUGGACAAUUUCCAGAUGUCCCUCCUCAAACGCCAAGAGAAGAAGAAACUGAAGCAAAAAAUUAUCCAUCUGAAGGAUAGCAUCACAGAAGAUAAUCCAGUCAAACAUGCAGAGAAAACCAAGUUGAAAGAACAGGAAGAAGAAAGCCUCUUUAGGAAGACGGUGAUGGAAAAAUAUGCUAGCCUUGAGCUGACGGACAAAGAAUGGCAGCUUCUGUACAAUUACUUCCAGAUAAUGACAGCUAUUGAGAACAGUCAACAGCAGUUCCAGUCACAAGCUUCUACCACUGACAAAAUCUUGGACACGUUUUUCGAGACAUCCGAAGAGGACUACUUUCCUAAAUGAAACAGAGAAAUUCACGAUUCCCUAGUUGGAUUUUUUUUUUUAAUGCUACCAGCAACUGCUGCGGUUAAAAAGUUGGCAUAGCGGCUUAUUUUGAAGACCUGAUGUUAUGCUACAGCACCGUGUUAACGGAAUCAGGUUGUGAUUCUUAGCAUAUAAGCAGUUUAAACCUAAUUGUCUUGCCAGGUGGGGAUAGAUAGCAGCCCCCAAAUUCAGAGUUUCAGAGAUUACAGCUCCUUUGGUUUCAGAAGGUCAGGCCACAACUUUAUUUUAAUAUUUUCUAUAUUUCUGCCAGAGAGCAAUUUUUCCACCUUUAAAUUUAAAUUUUAAAAAACGAUCUUCAAAGCAAAAGGUUUUAAAUCAAGCAAACAUGGAAUGAAUCUAAACAUUUUUCUGCAUACAAAUUGUAGAUGUGUCACUGAUUUAUGGAACCCCUUCAAGGGUGAAAAUAAUAAAAAGAGUUCAUUACAAAGCC